AUGGGUUUCGCUAUCAAGAAGCCCGAUGAUGCCGUCGGCUCAGCGGCACCGGCCAUCGUCAUCGGUCUAUUUGUUGCCUUUGGCGGUGUUCUGUUUGGAUAUGAUACAGGUACCAUCAGUGGUAUCCUCGCCAUGAAGUACUGGCGAGAGUUGUUCUCGACCGGCUACACAAACCCCAAGGAUAAUCUCCCCGAUGUAACUAGUUCGCAGUCUAGUAUGAUCGUCAGUCUCCUCUCCGCAGGCACAUUCUUCGGUGCCCUCUUUGCUGCCCCGAUGGCCGACCACUUCGGUCGUCGCCUUGCCAUGAUCCUCAACACCUUCGUUUUUGUCUUCGGUGUUAUUCUGCAAACUGCCGCUACCGCGAUCCCUCUGUUCGUGGCUGGUCGUUUUUUCGCUGGUCUUGGUGUCGGUCUGCUGUCCGCCACCAUCCCUCUCUACCAGUCCGAGACUGCUCCCAAGUGGAUUCGUGGUACUAUUGUCGGCGCCUACCAAUUGGCCAUCACUUUUGGCCUGCUGCUUGCUGCCAUCGUCAACAAUUCCACCAAGGAACGCAAUGAUACCGGCUGCUACCGGAUCCCGGUUGCCAUUCAAUUUGCCUGGGCUAUUAUCCUAGUUGGUGGAAUGAUCGUUCUGCCCGAGACUCCUCGCUUCCUCAUCAAGCAAGACAGGCAUGAGGAGGCCGCCAAAGCCCUUGCACGUCUCCGCCGCGUCGACGUCAACGACUCCGCUGUCAUCGAGGAGCUAUCUGAGAUCCAAGCAAACCACGAGUUCGAGCUUCGUCUCGGCAAGGCUACCUACUGGGAGAUCGUCCGCGGCUCCCUUGGCAAGCGUCUCGCCACUGGUUGCGCAGUUCAAGCUCUGCAGCAGCUCGCCGGUGUCAACUUCAUCUUCUACUACGGCACCACCUUCUUCCAAAACUCCGGCAUCCAAAACUCCUUCAUCAUCACCCUAAUCACCAACAUCAUCAACGUCGUCUCAACCUUCCCAGGUCUCUACAUGGUCGAGAAAUGGGGUCGUCCCCCCCUCCUCAUGUUCGGAGCCAUCGGCAUGUGCGUCUCGCAACUGAUCGUCGCAAUCGUCGGCACAGCCACCUCCUCCGACGUCUCCAACAAAGUCCUAAUCGCCUUCGUCUGCAUCUACAUCUUCUUCUUCGCCAGUUCCUGGGGUCCCGUCGCCUGGGUCGUCACCGGUGAAUUAUAUCCCCUCAAGGCCCGCGCCAAGUGUCUCUCCAUCACGACCGCAACAAACUGGCUCCUGAACUGGGCCAUCGCCUACGCGACACCUUACAUGGUGAACGAUGGACCCGGCAACGCAAACCUCCAGUCUAAGGUCUUCUUUAUCUGGGGCGGUUUCUGCUUUAUCUGCGCUAUCUUUGUUUACACCUGUAUCUAUGAGACCAAGGGUCUUUCCCUGGAACAGGUCGAUGAGCUUUACGCUAAGGUCCCUGUUGCGUGGAAGUCUGUUGGCUGGGUUCCUUCGGUGCAUUAUACUGAUGUUCGUGAUGUUGCGGGUGCCGCCAAGGCGGGUAAUCUGGCCGACCUCGAGAUGGAGGCUAAUGAGAAGCGGAGUGGUGAACAUGCUACUCACUUUGAGAGCAUUGCUUCUAAGACUGAGGUUUAG